UCAUGCUGCUUGCCAGGUCACAGUGUCUCAUAGGGUCCCCUGUACGGAGCCCUCGCCAUUGCUGCUGUCUCCAUCGCCACACUCUGCCAUGUGCCACUUUCAGUCUCCUCACACACUGCUGGUGUGUUCAAUUUUUUGACAUAGGGUGCUGGCAGAUUACGGGCCUCCCAUAGCUGCUGCCAGGCCCCUAAUCUGCCAUGGGCCCCUAUAACCGCCUCCUCAUGCUGCUGCCAGGUCCAGAGUGUCUCAUGGGGUCCCUGUACGGCCUCCCAUUGCUGCUGAACCUCCAUCGCCACACUCUGCCAUGUGCCACUUUCAGGUCUCCUCACACUGCUGGUGUGAUUCCAUUUUUUGUCAUAGGGUGCUGGCAGAUUACGGGACGGCCUCCCAUAGCUGCUGCCAGGCCCCUAAUCUGCCAUGGGCCCCUGUACCGCCUCCUCAUGCUGCUAGCCAGGUCCAGAGUCUCUCAUGGGUCCCUGUACGGCCUCCCAUUGCUGCUGUCCCUCCAUCGCCACACUCUGCCAUGUGCCACUUUCAGGUCUCCUCACACACUGCUGGUGUGUUUCCAUUUUUUG